AUGCCUGCAAUUUACAACCCCCAAGAUAAAGUGGAUGGCAACCUUCCCCGGACACUGUUGUGUUGCCACAUCUUCUGCACAAAUUGCCUGCUGUCCAUUCAGUGUGGCAGCAUCAUUAGAUGUCCUGACUGUGAGUUUGAGUCAACCCUUCCAGAAACAGGAGUGCAUGGUUUGCAGGAAGAAAACCGGAUCAUUGGCCUGAUCUACACUGCUCAAAUUAACAAGAUACAAAGUGACCGAUCAAGAAGUCGCAGAAAGAACAGACUGUCACCAUCUGAAGACACUACCUGUGGAGAUAUGGAGCAGCCUGCAGACGUUCAGGAGAUCGAGAAAGCAGUGGAUGAGGCGCUGGCACAAGCUGCUCUAAACCUUACAGAGCUGCAGCACGUUUACAAGACUCUGACAACUAGCUUGGCAGAACAGAUGCAGAGAGAGCGAGCCAGACUGGAGACGGAGAUCAAGCAGGCCUCAGAUAAAGCUUUACACACUGUUCAGAUGUGGAAAGAUGCACAGCUGAGUCAGCUCACGAAACUGGAAGUACAAUUUUCCCCCAGUGAAGCAGCAGUGUCACAAGUCCAGGAGAGAAUUAAAACGUUGGAGAUUGCCAUGCAGAUGGCCAGAGAAGUACGUCGCUUUCCUUUCCUGGAGCAGUACUGCAUCUUGGAUAAGGUCCUAGAGACACUGCAAGCUCCUGUUGAUGGCACUUCCUUUGAUGUGAAAGGCAAUGCUGUGGGCACUGGAGUGAGCUGUGUUUUUCAGUCAGAGCAUCUGAGCCGGAGUUUGACAUUGUCUCUGAAGAUGGAGAUCAACAAGUCUAACAGCUCGUCCACGUCCCCACUACAAAAAUGCUGGACAGGGUUCUCCAACAGAAAAUCCUGGAAACAUCUGAAGCGUGGAGAUGAAAGCUGCAGUUCACCUACCAACAUCAGAAUCCCCACCCCACAACCACAGGGUCAGGAAUGCUCGGGGGCUGACAGUUUAUCAUCAUCAUGUGGCUCCCCGUCGGGCACAGGAUCUCACCGCAGGAUCAUUCAUUUUGACCAGAACUCAUCCUCUGACCUUAAAAGUCCAGAUGUGGUUCUUGAGGAGCUUUUAGAUGAGGAACAAGAGCACGGUCUUCCUCUCACUGGUCCUGAAUUGGCCAAUGAGAAAUGGAGAAAACAUAGAAAGAAAAAUGUCUUGCCUCUCUACAAAAGAAAUGUGACCCAGUGGGUUCUGGUAACCCAUGUUGUGAACCCAAGGCACUUCUACGUCCGCUACGUGGCUGAGAAGAGGGAAGGCGAGAUCCUUUCCAAGAAGAUGGAUGAACUGUGCAGUAGAGAUGGUGGCUGCUUCACACAGAAAGAUGCAGUGGAAAUUGGCAACCUCAUCUUUGUGAUGUAUGACGGGCUGUGGUGUCGUACCAGAGUGUCUGAAGUCUUUCAGAAAGGCUGUCCAGAGGCUGUGAAAGCAUGUCCAGUCACCCAGCUGGCCAGUCUGCGAGUCUUCUUCCCAGAUUAUGGCUUCACCAAAAGCAUCACGUUACAAAAUGUGGAUGUCACAGCUGAGUCUACACUGAAGUCUGUGAACAACCAUCUGAGGAAAGCGAGUGAGGCUGUGUGCAACUUUGCCCCCCUGGCCAUCAGAUGUUCACUGAAGGACCUGGUCCCAUAUGACCUGACAAAGGGCUGGAGCAGAGAAUCAAAGGUAGAAUUCUGCAAUGUUGUUGGUGCUGCUGCAGUGGAAAUGAGAAUUUUGGGCCAGGACAGAGACUCUUUGUUGGUGGAUCUGAGAAAAGCUCCCAUGGACCAAUCCAGUGAUGUGCCCAUCUCCGUCAGAGAUUACCUUGUGUUUAUUGAGGUGGCCAGGUUUUACUCUCCAGUGACGCUGGGCAGGAAUCCUCUGCUCUACUACUCUCCUGUUCGUCCCAAGACCAACACAGAGCUCAGUGCUGUGGUCAGCCACAUCAACAACCCUUCUGACUUCUACAUCCAGUUGGUUGAUAACAUGGAGUCCUUCUUGCUCUCAGCUAAGCUUCAGGAUUGUUACAAUGAAUUGGCAGCUUUUGGAGGUGAUGAGCUGGACAUCUACUGCCCUGUGGUAGAACAGGCCUGUGUUGCACGCUUUGAAGACCAGUUGUGGUACAGAGCUCAAGUCAUAGGUCAUCCAGGUGGAAGAAAAGUAGAAGUACGAUACGUUGACUUUGGCAAUAAGGCAGUCUUGUCUGUCAGUGACUUGAGGAAGAUCAAGGAUGAGUUCUUUGCCCUUCCUGCCAUGGCGAUUCACUGCUGUUUGACUGAUGUGGUUCCUGUGGAUGGAAAGCAGUGGAGUGAAGCCUGCACCAACAGAUUCAUCAGCCUUGCUCACCAGCAACUGGUCACAAUUGUUGCUACAGCUCAAGUGCCAAAGAGUCGACCUGUGCCAAUCAGCGUGUUUGAUGGUGGACAGAACAAACCCAAAACCAACAUUGCUGAGCUGCUGGUCAAAGAGGAAUUGGCUUCCUUUAAGGAUAGACUGAAAUCUAAGAGUGCCACCCCAUCUGGUGAUUCUGCAGUAUGGGAUCCUCCACUUGACCUCAGUUCAGCAGCAGAGAAUGUCAAUUUUCAGCCUCAGUUGAAGCUUCCUGCCAAUCUCAAAGAAAUUAGAGUUCGAGUCAGCUAUGUCAGCUCACCCAGCAGCUUCUACGUUCAACUCUCUGAUUUUGACUCUCAUCUUAAAAGGGUGUCUGAAAUGGUGAAGCAGGAGUGUGCAGGAAUGGAGCUCCAAAACGUGGCAUGGAAAGCAGACAUGUACUGUGCUGCACACGUUAAUGGAGUGUGGGAGAGAGGACAGAUCUGCACUGAUGUUACGUCAGGCAACAAUGCAGAAGUGAAAAGGUGUGACCAUGGCAGUAUGGUGAAACUCCCUGUAUGCAGCCUGCGACCACUUCCACCCUCUUUGUUUGGCUCCCUGGCACUGGAGUGUACUCUAAAUGAUAUCAGGCCAGCAGGAGGUCGUUCAACCUGGACAGAUACAGCCUGUGAUUUAUUCGCCUACUACCUGACCGGAGCUUCAGCUCUCAUGACGAUCAAGGAGUUAACAGGUGAGCAUCCAGUUCCCGUCACUCUGUUACGCUCCAACAAAAAGGGGGAGUUUAUCAGCAUCGCUGACUUUUUGGUCAGUGAAGGUCUUGCACUCAAGGAAAGAAAACCAAGAGAUGUUGUCAACGAACCCAAACACACUGAAGCGCAGCCUCCAGUCUCUGAGACUCAAACCGACAGCACUUCAGAAAACACCAGACCUCCACCCGUCUCUCCUCCUCCUUUCUCCUCUGGGGCUUCCGUCUCUGUUUCCAUCCUUCCUAAAGCGAGUCGCCGUUUGAAUAUGUCAGCUGAAAAGGUGAAGACGUCAUUGUACCACCCACCAGAGCUGCCGUGUCUUGGUCACAUCCACAUAACGGUUUCUGCUGUUGCAGAUGAUGGUCUCAUUUAUGUCAGGACACAAAAUGGAGGAUCCUGCAAAUGCAGAGAAAAGAUGAUGGGAGGCACCACCCCAUUCUCCUUCAAAAAAGCCAUGGGCAAGUGUUCCAGAGCAGCCUUUUCUCCUCACCAGCUGACCGCUACUCUUACCGUGUUGACGGUCGGUGAUAAGUGGCAAAGAGAUGCAGUCGCCCUGAUGAGGGAAGUGUUGCUGAACCGCUCUGUGGACCUGCAAGUUGUGGAGCUGCCAGCAGACCCUCGGGAGCCUCUCACAGUUGAACUCUUCCUGGAUGGUUUGAGCCUCAGACAGAUUCUGUGUCACCACAGAUACGCUACUAUGAGCCGGUCUCCUUCACUACAAAAGAAGCUGACUGUGAUGCCUGCUGCACCCGUCCUGGAUGACUGGGAUAUAAAUACUGAGGGCUUAAUGGGCCCAGAGGAGCCAUUGCUGGGUCCCUUUGUUCACCCAAACCUGCCACAGGAAGGAGAACGCUUUAAAGUCAGAGUUAAACAUCUGCGGACUCCUAAUGAGCUGUUCCUGUGUGUUCUGGAGGAAACGGCUGAUUUAGAGGCUGAUGGAGAGAGACUGGACGAAGCUUUGAUCAGAAUCAAUGCAAACAUCAACGGUCUGCCACAACUCAGCAGCUUUCCUUUAGGUAACUGUUCACCUUCAAGGUUCUCUGUUGUCAUCCGUAUCACAUGUGGUACAUGA